AUGGUGGGAGUACAGGAUAUAGCAAUGGGGGACACUAACACAGUUGUCGCCAACCAUAAAAAGGGAGAGAGUAGUGUUGUUAGUGUUGGGAAUAUUUAUACUGCAAGCGAAGAUGCCUCCAGUGAUAUUGCUAAGGGAGAGGGGCAAGCUUCAUUUGUCAAAACCGUCAUUAAUAUCGUGACGGUAACAAUUGGCGUCGGAAUGAUGUCCAUGCCUCUUGCUUUCGCCCAGAGCGGAUGGCUCUUUGCAAUUACGUGUGUAUUCCUGGCAGGUACCACGUCCAUGUAUACCGGUCACUUACUUGGUGUCUGUCUAGAAGAAGCUAAUGAAGAACCGGGAUGUUUUGUGAAAUCGUACACUGAGUUGGGAUUUGCAGCUCUGAAGACUCCGGGGGAGUGGCUCGCAGGGUUUGGCAUAUACGGGACAUGUCUUGGCACUUCUGUUGUCUUCAUCAUUUUGGCCGAGAACAUGUUCGGUAUCAUCUUCGGACCUGAUGCAUUGGACAAGAAGUUAUGGGCACUUGUCUUUGUCGGUUUGCUAUUCCCGUUCACCAGUAUCAAGACACUAAACCACGUAGCCGUCAUUUCAUUCGCUGGUGCUUUGGCGUCGGUGAUGGUUUUUCUUGUUGUUGUAAUCGAAGACAUCACAGAGGCCACCAUUGGAGGAACCAUUGGGUUGAAAACUGAUACAAUACUCUUUGAAACUGAAAACCCCAUGCAACUAGCAACAGCUGCAACAACUAUCGUAUUCUCUUUUGCAGCGCACAUUGUGUUCCCUGAAAGUUACCUACAGAUGAGUGUACGAUCGACAUUUAGCAAGGCCGUGGUUUACGCAUUCAGCUUUGCUUUGUUCAUCUACUUGACCAUUAGCUGUGUCUCGUAUGGUGUGUAUGGGGCUGACAUUUUAAACGGCGACAACAUACUCGAUGUGCUGCCUAACAAUUGGGCAACGAAGAUGAUGGCCGCUUUCUUAUUGGUUCACCUUGUGACCGCAUUCCUGGUGAUUCUGAACCCGGUAUAUCGCGCAAUCGAACUCGCGUGGGGCAUAGAUGAUAAGCCUUACUCACUGGUGUGGAUGAUGACACUGCGAAUCUUAAUCAUCGGAUGCUCGUACUUCGUAGCAGUGGCGAUUCCUUUCUUCUCUUCAGUCAUGUCGUUGUUGGGAGCCACAACUAUCACUGUGUCAACAUUCACGUGUCCCUGUCUAUUCUACCUCAAACUCUUCUGGCCCAAAAAGAGAAACGCAGACCCAGCUCUGAGCGUACCUCAGAUGACACUGGAAGAGUACUCGAACGAUGCACAGAAGUACAAUCCCGCGUCCCAAUCAUCGGCAUCAAUGCAACCAAGUGUACAACGAAGGACCGCUACGCCAACAGAAAUUGUUAUUUGCCUAUCAAUAAUUGCGGUCACAACUUUCAUUGGUGCCUUGUCUACCUAUCAAUCUAUCAAAAAUAUCGUCGACAACGCUGCUAACGAGAAAUUUUUCGGUUAG